UACAAUAAAGUCCAAUUCUUCUGUCAUUUGCUUAUGAAGUUAUCAUAAGAGCACUCAGCAAUUAGCAGCUAAAUCUACAAAAAACCUUUACAACAUCCACACAGAAAGAAAGACAUGGCUGAAUCUUCCACUCCUGCCAAGGUCGAGUUAUUAGCAACCAAAACUGUGCAAGAGCAGCUCACUGAAGGAGAAGUACUGGUGCCACAGAAAUAUAUUCUCAAAGAUGGAAUCCCACUUCCAAAUGCUUCUGUUGAGUUGAUGGAUGUUCCAGUUAUUGAUCUUGGUCUCCUCGCACCUUCCUCAUUCAGUAUGGAAGAAUUUGACAAACUCAGAUCAGCUCUUACCACAUGGGGUUGCUUUCAGGUAAUAAACCAUGGAAUGACUCCUGAAUUCCUUGACAAAGUCCGUGAAAUCACGAAACAGUUUUUUGCACUUCCACUGGAAGAGAAGCAGAAAUAUUUGAGGCCAGUCGACAACAUUGAAGGAUAUGGGAAUGACAUGGUUUUUUCAGAGCAGCAAACACUUGAUUGGACUGAUAGACUAUACCUUACUGUCUAUCCACCAGACAAGCGCAAGCUCAAGUUUUGGCCUGAAAAUCCCAAAUCUUUUAGGGAUACUCUAGACCAAUAUACCAGUAAGUUACAGGUCAUAACAGAAACUGUCCUUAAGGGCAUGGCGCGGUCAUUAAAUUUGGAGGAAGAUUGCUUUCUGGACAAGUAUGGAGAACAAAGGAAAAUGGAUGCUAGGUUUAACUUCUAUCCUCCUUGUUCAAGGCCUGAUCGCGUACUAGGUGUCAAGCCACAUGCAGAUGGAACAAUAAUCACCCUUCUGUUGCAAGAUAAAGAAGUGGAAGGUCUUCAAUUUCUGAAAGAUGGUCAAUGGUUUAGAGCUCCAAUUGUUCCCGAGGCACUUCUAAUUAAUGUUGGUGAUCAAGCAGAGAUAUUGACUAAUGGACUGUUCAAGAGCCCAGUGCACAAGGUAGUGACAAAUGCCGAAAAGGAGAGGAUUUCUUUGGCUACGUUUUGUGUCCCGGAUUCAGAGACAGAUAUUGAACCCUUUGAAAGCCUCAUCAAUGAGUCAAGGCCAAGGUUGUACAGAAAGAUUAAAAACUACGGUGGCAUCUUUCUCGAGUACUACCAGCAGGGAAGAAGACCAAUUGAAGCAGCAAUUAUAUAACCAUGAUUAUGCAUCUCUUAUGGCUUGUACCAAAAGAUGAAUAACUUCAAGUUUUAUUGCUGAGAAGAUAGUGGCAUGAAUCCCAAGUAGAUUAAUUCUUCUAAUUUAUCUUAAUUCAGUUCUAAUGGGAUGAAGAUAGAAUUGGAGAAGCAUAAUCUGUCAUUCAAACCAAGCAAGCGAUUACUAGACACCAAAAAUUGUGUCAGGAAAUGCUUCAUAUUGAUGGAAACAAAAAGCAGGAAAUAAUACAUCAGCAAUUUGGAGUUCCACGUCUACUAGUCUAAUAAAGAUACAACAUCACCAGUAGUCAGAAGGAUCCAGACCCGAUUCGAUCUUGGUCUUGCAAGAGGACAGUGACUACUGAUUUAUCCGAAGCCAAGAAACGAAUUCGGUCUGGGACAAGUUGGGGUAGAAGUUAUAUCUUGCUAGCAUCACAGCUUGGUCUCCAAAAAGAUUCGUGAAGAUAUCAUCCUCUUCCAGUUUUAGUGACUUUUUCAUGGCCUUUAAGCAAACAUUCAUCAUCUUAUCUUGGUAGCAUAUUUGAUUAAAAUCUCUCUACAACAAAAUUAGAGUAUUUCCAAUGGAAAAUACUUCAGUACAUUAAUGUACCGAUACAUCAAGUAGACUAGGUUCAAUAUAGAGGUAGACUAGCUCGG